AUGGCCGUUAAAAGUUUAGACACCAGUGUGUCUAACUUUUUGAAUGAUGUACAGCAAAUAGCAAUCGACUGGAUCACAGGGAAUUUUUACUUUGUGGAUCAUGUCAGUGACAGGAUCUUUGUCUGCAGCCACAAUGGAUCAGUGUGUGUCACCCUCAUCGAGCUGGAUCUUAAUAACCCCAAGGCCAUAGCUGUUGAUCCAACAUCAGGAAAGCUUUUCUUUACAGACUAUGGGAAUGCUGCCAAGGUGGAGAGAUGUGACAUGGAUGGAAUGAACAGGACGUGGAUAGUAGACUCUAAAAUUGAACAGCCAACUGCUCUGGCACUAGACCUCAUCAAUAAAUAUGUGUACUGGGUUGACAUAUAUCUGGAUAGUGUGGAAGUUGUUGACUAUCAAGGGAGAAAGCGACACACAAUAAUUAAAGGCAGACAAAUUAGACAUCUAUGUGGUUUGGCAGUAUUUGAAAACUAUUUGUAUACAGUUAAUUCAGAUAAUCUCAGCAUUUUACGGAUAAACAGAUACAAUGGCACUGAUGUUCAGGCUCUUGCUAGUCUGGACAAUGCUAAAGAGAUCCGUGUGUACCAGAAAAGAACUCAAACAGCAGUCAGAAGCCACGCGUGUGAGGAGGACCCAUAUGGAAUGCCAGGGGGAUGUUCACACAUCUGUCUGCUCAGCAGCAGCUACAAAGCACGGACUUGUCGCUGCAGGACUGGCUUCAUCUUGGGGAGUGAUGGCAGGUCAUGCAAAAGACCAAAGAAUGAAUUGUUUCUUUUUUAUGGGAAGGGACGUCCAGGAAUAAUACGGGGAAUGGACCUGAAUACCAAAGUAUCUGAUGAAUACAUGAUCCCUAUAGAGAACUUGGUCAAUCCUCGUGCUCUGGACUUCCAUGCUGAAACCAAUUACAUUUACUUUGCUGAUACUACCAGUUUCCUAAUUGGACGACAGAAAAUUGAUGGCACAGAGCGAGAAACAAUCCUCAAAGAUGAUCUUGAUAAUGUAGAAGGCAUAGCAGUGGACUGGAUUGGAAAUAAUCUUUAUUGGACAAAUGAUGGCCACAGGAAAACAAUUGCUGUUGCCAGACUGGAAAAAGCUGCUCAGAGUAGAAAAACUUUGUUGGAGGGAGACAUGUCUCACCCGAGAGGAAUUGUUGUUGAUCCUGUCAAUGGAUGGAUGUAUUGGACAGACUGGGAAGAAGAUGAAAUAGAUGACAGUGUGGGAAGAAUUGAGAAGGCCUGGAUGGAUGGCUACAGUCGGCAGAUUUUUGUCACAUCAAAGAUGCUGUGGCCAAAUGGUUUAACUCUGGACUAUCGUGCCAAUGUGUUAUACUGGUGUGAUGCCUAUUAUGAUCACAUUGAAAGGAUAUUUUUGAAUGGAACUGACAGAAAGGUAGUCUACAGUGGAAAAGAUUUGAAUCAUCCUUUUGGACUGUCACAUCAUGGAAAUUAUAUUUACUGGACAGAUUAUAUGAAUGGGUCAAUUUUCCAGUUGGAUCUACUUACAAGGAAUGUGACACUGUUGAGAAGUGAGAGACCACCAUUGUUUGGGCUCCAGAUUUACGAUCCACGUAAACAGCAAGGUGACAAUGCAUGUCGUGUUAAUAAUGGAGGCUGCAGCACCCUUUGUUUAGCCAUUCCUGGAGGCAGAGUUUGUGCCUGUGCAGAUAAUCAGCUUUUGGAGGAAAACAGUACAACCUGCAUGAUUAAAGCUGGAGAAGUGCUGCCCCAGUUGUGCAAGGCUGAGCAGUUCCAGUGCAGCAACAAGCGCUGCAUCCAGGAUCGCUGGCGCUGCGACGGGGACGACGACUGCCUGGACGGCAGCGAUGAGCAUUCUGAAAUCUGUU